AUGGGCCACAAUCACCCUUUUGGGGGCGUUAUCUACCACCAACGCCACCAUCGCGUCGCGAUCUUCAUGCAUACUGAUGACUGGGGCUUCGGGUUUCAAGUUAAGGAUCAUCCAGACGUUUGGAACCCAUUCGAGACAGUGCUCUUCCACUGGAUCGACCUGAUUCGUAUUGGAAAAGUCGUGGCUGCGCCUCAUGAAGAGCCAGCGCUAUUCGAAUUCAAGAAGAUCGGGCCCUGGGAGUGGCGGCCCUAUAGCGAAGCCCAGGUUACUACGUGUGUCGACGCGUGGGAUCGGUUGUGUCAGGUUAUCGAGAUGCGCAUCUCGCAGCUUCCAAACCCACCAUCACUGAUCAGCCCCGAUUCCGGGACUGAUGCGGAUAAUCCAGAGCCACUGGUCGCAUCAAGCGUCCUAGACGCCGCCUCGGUGCUCGAUCCUUGCUUUACGCGUUCGUUUCUGUCACGCGCGAGACGACCCUCAUUCCAAUACAACGCUCCAGGCCUACUCCUGCCCCUGGCUGACUUGUCUGGGUUUGUGGCAUCACAGACAUUUACUGCAUUGCCCCUUUCCCAGUAUACCGUACCGCCAGUGUGCCUUUUCACCGCCGACACCGGAGACCAGCGUCCUGUCUAG